CCUUUUCGGAUUCUACACCAGAACUGUUCAUCUUCUCUCAUUUUCUCUAGAAAUCUGGUAUUCAAACCCUAAUUUCUUUUGCUCCUGAACCUUUAUCUCUCUGAUUCAGGUUUUCUUGUCUCACGAAUUGGUUGGGUUUGAUAUUUCAGGGUCUACAAAAGGAUAAUAAUGGCUGAAGCAGUGACUCGCUGGGCUUACUUGGAGACAAACUUAGGCACUCGUGUAGCUAUUUUCUUUCACUACGGCGAACCCAUUCCCGAUUUCAAAGAGAGACUUUGCAUGAAACACCAACAAAUUUUCCCACAAUUUGGGGAAAUCAGUAUCUGUGGGUUUAAGAUCAAACGCGACGGUCGGUUUUAUCUUGUACCCGAUGAUAAUUUUCUGGAUUUUGCAAAGGCUUCUGAACACAUCCAUAAAGACUGGUUCUUGCAUGUUGAUGUCCUGAGUGAUAAGAUGAAGUUGAAAAAGCAGAAGGAAAAUCGAAAGAGGAAGGAGAGAAAGCAAAAGCAAAGGCAUAAGCAAAACAAGCUUUUCAAGAACCAAAAUUCAUCUCUUCCCGAUACGGGAAAUGUAAACAGUGCUGCUCCUCUGGAGGAGACUCCUCCCAAGGAAAACGCAGUUGAGAUGGAUGCCAACAAGAAUAUCACUGCUCUGGAGGAGGCUCUUCCCAUGGAAAACGCAAAUCAGACAGAUGCUAACAAGAACAUUGUUGCUCAGGAGGAGGCUCUUCCCAUGGAAUAUGCAAAUGAGACAGAUGCUAACAAGAACAUUGCUGCUCUGGAGGAGGCUCUUCCCAUGGAAAACGCUAAUGAGACUGAUGCUAAAAAGGAUAUUGAGAUUAUUGAGGAAGCUCUUCCCAUGGAAAGCGCAAAUGAGACAGUUGCUAACAAGGAUAUUACGAUAAGUGAGGUCAACAAUGAGGAUGAAAGCAUUUCCAAGCAAAUUACAAAAGAGAAGUCUGAUAUUGUUGGUGGUGAUAAGAAGCAGGAUCAAGUGACCGGUAAAGCUAUAUCUUCAGGGGAUUGUUCAACAGAUAAUGUGUUGGUCUCAACAGGAAACAAUGUGGCUGGAGAAACAAAUACGUUUUCGGGGAGCAUGCAAGCUCGAGUGUCACAUGAAGACGAUGAAUACUUCUCCGUCAUGUCCGGCGAUGAGGAAUUUGAGGCCUUCAGAAGGAGUUUCGAAUAUAUGAGUGAUUAGAUAUUAUGCAGUGUUAUAAAUAAGAAAUCAGACACUAAAAAAAAAAACAAGAAAUCAGUAUCUGGCCUCUUUUUGUUUUGUUUUGAUGGAUUGUGAAGUAUGAACAACUGGUUUUUGUAGCAAAUAUUAUUAACAUGAUC